GACCCGUUUUAAAAAUAGGAUGAGGGUUCGCUGAGCUUCACAAUAUCUCCAAUUUCUCGUCCUCUUUGUUCGCAUUUGCGAGCGAAGAAAUUUUCCAUUUCUAUUUUUUUCUGUGGAUCCAAGGCCUGAAACUUCCUCUCUUUUUUCUUCGUUUGAAUCCAGAAUCCUUUCUUUGUUACCCAUUAUUCUCUGAAAAUGUCACCUGCCGAGUCUUCUCGUGAGGAGAAUGUGUACAUGGCAAAGCUCGCCGAACAGGCUGAGCGUUAUGAGGAGAUGGUUGAAUUCAUGGAAAAUGUUGCGAAAACAGUAGAUGUUGAGGAGCUCACUGUCGAAGAGAGGAACCUCCUAUCUGUUGCGUACAAAAAUGUCAUAGGAGCACGUAGGGCCUCAUGGAGAAUUAUUUCUUCGAUCGAACAAAAGGAAGAGAGUCGUGGAAAUGAGGACCAUGUUGCCAUCAUUAAGGAGUACAGGGGAAAGAUUGAAUCUGAGCUUAGCAAGAUCUGUGAUGGCAUAUUGCGUCUCCUCGAUUCUCAUCUCAUUCCUUCCUCGACUGCUGCUGAAUCUAAGGUGUUUUAUCUUAAGAUGAAGGGGGACUAUCACAGGUAUCUUGCUGAGUUUAAGACGGGGGCAGAGAGGAAGGAGGCAGCUGAGAGCACUUUGGUGGCUUACAAAUCUGCUCAGGAUAUUGCUCUUGCAGAACUCACUCCUACCCAUCCUAUAAGAUUGGGCCUUGCUCUUAACUUUUCGGUGUUCUACUAUGAGAUUUUGAAUUCACCGGAUCGGGCAUGCAACUUGGCCAAACAGGCUUUUGAUGAGGCCAUCUCAGAGCUGGACACUUUGGGCGAGGAGUCUUACAAAGACAGCACCCUUAUCAUGCAGCUUCUCAGGGACAACUUGACCUUGUGGACCUCAGAUUUGCAGGACCAGGAGGAUGGAGGGGACGAGAUCAAGGAGGCCUCAACAAAGCGUGAAUCAGGAGACGGCCAGUAAUGAAAAUACCGUCUUUCAAAACUUUGGUUUGGAUUCAGAAUGUCGAGUCUGUAUUCUCUUUUGUUAUAAAGUCUUAGCUUGAGUCUCUUUGCUGCUUGGUCCUAGUUUCACUCGGUAUCAUUUAUUAGAUAAAUUGUGACACUCUUGAACGCAUCUUGUAAUGGUGGGUUCGCUUAGUUUGGCUUUUGACAUAGCGUGCUUUAUCUCAUUCUUCUCUUUUAUGCCUCAUCUUCCACAUAUGUGACAGUUGAGUAAUUAUGAUUAAUUUGAGAGGAAGUAUGUUUGAAAAUU